AUGGCUUCAGCUAAAAGCGGGGAUUACCGUCUUGGUGUCGAUGUUGGAGGCACAUUUACUGAUGUCUGCGUUAUCACACCUGAUGGUGAAACCCUCCGAGCAAAGACGCCGUCUACACCCCAAGACCAGAGCGUGGGUGUCAAGGAUGGUAUCACCAAGGUACGAAAGUUGCUGAAGUCCAAGUAUGACUGGGAAGGAGAGUUUUCAUUCAUCCAUCAUGGCAGCACCGUUGCGACAAAUGCGAUCUUGGAGUCCAAAGGAGUCAAAUCUGGGCUUGUAGUAACUGCGGGCUUCAAGGAGGUCCUCACCAACCGGAGGUGUCAGAUUCCCGGAGGACUGGGAGGCUGGAUCAGCUUCGUGCCACCGGAGCCCGUCGUGCCGCUGGAGCGGACAGUCCAAUGCACCGGCCGUAUCUCACCCAACGGCGAGGUGAUCAUCCCAUUCGAUGAGGCAGCACUGCGCAAAGACCUUGCGGACCUGAAGCGGCAGAAGCCCGAGGCCAUCACCAUUAGUUUGCUCAACUCGUACGUCAACGAUGAGCACGAGAGGGCCGUGGAAAGGGUCGUGCGGGAGGAAUUCGGCUCCGACAUCGAGAUCAUCUGCUCCGCUGACGUCCUGCCCGAGGCCGGAGAAUACGAGAGGACGGUCACGGCGUCGGCGAACGCUGUGGUCAAGCCGCUUGUGAAGCGGUACAUGGAGGGAUUGAAGAAGCUGCUACUGCCUGACAGCAAGACCAUCCGAAUCUUGAAGAGCGAUGGCGCUCUGACGAGUCUUGAGUUGGCUGGAGAGUUACCCGUCAACCUGCUGAUGUCCGGUCCCGCUGGUGGCGUCCAGGGUGUCGUCGAUGUCAUCUCGAAGCAGACCCCUUAUAAGAAUCUCAUCACACUUGAUAUGGGCGGCACGUCAACCGACGUUGCUCUCAUUGUCGACGGCAAGGCGGCUCUGAGAAGGGAGACAGUUGUGGAUAAGUUGACCGUCCGCGCACCCUCUGUUGACGUGAGAACCGUCGGAGCCGGUGGCGGAUCCAUCGCCCAAUAUGUUGACCUCACAGCUAGCAUGCGUGUUGGCCCAGAGUCCGCGGGGGCGUCGCCCGGGCCUGCUUGCUACCAGAAGGGCGGGAAGCAGCCUACGGUCACAGAUGCCAACCUGGUUUUGGGCUAUCUGCCUGAGACGCUGUUGGGCGGCGACUUUCAACUUGAUGUGGCUGCGGCCGUUGCAGCAGUAGAGAGUGUGGCAGACCAGAUGAGCAUCAGCACCGAGGAGACCGCCGAGGGUAUCGUCAACUUGGUCAAUGAGACCAUGUAUGGCGCCCUUCGACAGGUUUCAGUUGAACAGGGCUACGAUCCCCGGGACUUUGCUCUCGUAGCCUUCGGCGGUGCCGGACCUCUGCACGCCAACGCCGUCGGUAAACUCCUCGGCGCAUGGCCGGUCGUCAUCCCGCAGGCACCUGGUGUGCUGUGCGCGCAGGGUGACGCGACGACCAAACUCAGCCACUCCCAGUCAGUUUCUUUCAUCAAGGGACUCUCGCAGACUUCGCAUGAGGACCUGACUGGGGUCCUUGAGGGUCUUGGAAAGCAGUGCACGGAGAAGAUGAAUGCAGCUCUCGAAGGGUCGUCGUCUGAGAAGAAACUCACAGUCAAGUACGAGGCAGACCUCCGGUAUAAGGGCCAAGCUCUUGAUAUUACGAUCAACUUUAGCCCCGAGGAACUCGGCAACGGCAAAGAGGAGCUAGCAAAGACCCUGACAGAAAGAUUCAACACCACUCACGAACUUCAAUUUGGUUUCAAAUUGGACGGCCUCGAAUUCGAACUGGUCCGACUGGGCGCAACCGCUACGGACGCUUCCUCCCCUAUCGUCUUCGCUGAGAUCAACUCCGAGUCCGACGGCAAGCUGGUGGCGCCGCCCGAGGCUGCCCUCGUGAAGAAGAAGACCAUCACAGUCGAAGGCAAGCAAGUAGAGGCUAAGUACUACGACCGCGCGGCUCUUAACAAGGCCGGCUACCGCAUCGAUGGACCUGCCGUCAUCUCUGAGAUGGACUCGAACACUCUCAUCCUGCCUGGCUUCUAUGGUGAAAUCGAUCAGAUUGGUAACAUCUUGAUCCACCCGGCAGACGACUCAGUAGUCGCAAAGACGAAGACGUUCACUCCGGAAGCCGCCAAGGAGGAGGUGGCCAAGUCUCCGUUGAUUCCCACGCUGGUCGGAUCCGCGCUGCAGGCUAUCAGAAUCGAGAUGGACACCCUGGUGCUCCGUUGCUCAAUGUCACCGGGUAUCCGUGAACAGCAAGACGAGUUCAAUGUCGUGACCAACGCAAAGGGCCAAAUGCUGGUUGGCCAGUUUGGCAGCUUCAUCGGAGAGUUCCUGGAGGGCUGGAACCAGACCGGUGGAACCAUCGAAGAAGGCGACAUGUUCAUGACCAACGAUCCUUACUCAACAGCAGGUGCCAUCAGCCAUCUGAACGACGUGAUCAUUUUGCUGCCCAUAUUCUACAAGCACGAGCUGGUUGGCUGGUCCGCCAACUUUGGCCAUCUUUCUGAUGUGGGCGGCAAGGUGCCCGGAAGCAUGUCUAUCUCGUCGACCAGCUUAUACGAGGACGGAGUGCAAAUCCCUCCGGUCAAGUUGUACAAGAAGGGCGAGUACAACGCGGAUGUCAUGGACAUCCUCUGCCGCAACUCACGCAUGCCCAAAUGGUACAAGUCCGACAUCCAGGCCCUGAUCUCAUCCUGCCAGACCGCCGGCGCCCGCGUGUGCGAGACGAUUGACAGAUUCGGGCUCGAGCUGUACGAGGCGGCUUGCAACGAGCUCCUGCGCCGCAACCAGCUCGCCGUCUCCAAGCUCAUAGAGACCCAGUUCGGCGACGAGGAAGCCGUGUUCACGGAUUUCGUCGACGACGACGGCGCCGGCGUUGGGCCCUACGCCGUGAAGUGCAAGAUGACCAAGGUGGACGGCAACAAGCUCCGGUUCGACUUUGAUGGCACCUCGGCGCAGAGUAACACGUCGCUCAACUUCUUCCUGUCGCCGACCAUGUUCAAGAUGUUCGUGGGCUACUACCUCCUAGCCGUCUUCGACCCGCACUGCGUCGUCAACGAGGGCCUGUACGACUUCAUCGAGGUCGCCAUCCCGGAUGGCAGUAUCUUGAAGCCAACCCGCCCUGCUGCUCUAAGUUGCAGAACACAUCUUCUCGGCCGUGUCAUGGACAUCAUCCAGGCCCUGAUGGGCCAGCAUAACAAGGCAUACCGGGCUGCCGCCGGGUUCAGUGACAGCCCGCAUUUCUUCUACUCCGGAUGGACACCUGAAGGCGAAUGGUUCCAGCUCUACCAGAUCGCCUUCGGCGGCGUGCCGGCGCGGCCGAUCGGCGACGGGCCCGACAUGCACUGCCUGUUCCCGGCCAUCAAGUCGGUGCCGACCGAGAGCGUGGAGCUGGGGUUCCCGCUGCUGGUCGAGGCCAACGAGUCGCUGGCCGACACGGGCGGCGCGGGCUUCUACCGCGGCGGCAACGCCCACCGCACGCGGUUCCGCUUCCUCAACCGCGGCGAGUUCUCCCUGCACGACGACCGCUGGUUCACCCACCCCUGGGGCAUCGACGGCGGCCAGCCCGGCAAGCGCUCCAAGAAGAUCCUCUACCGCUACUCGGGCGGCGCCGCGGACCCGGCCCCCGAGUACCUGCCCAGCAAGUGCGACCACGUCAAGGUCCUGCCCGGCGACGUGCUGGAGUACAUCACGUGGGGCGGCGGCGGGCUGGGCGACGCGCUGACGCGGCCCGCGGACAAGGUGGCGCUCGAGGUGCACCAGAAGCUGGUGACGGUCGAGGGCGCGCGGGCCAACUACGGCGUCGUGGUCGACCCGGCGACGUUCGCGGUCGACGCCGCGGGGACCGAGGCGCUGCGCGCCGACAUGGCCGCCGCCAAGGUCGAGCUGCCGAGCAUCUACAACCGCGGCGGCUCGCUGGACGAGCUCCGGGCCCGGGCCGUCGCCGACACGGGGCUCGCGGCCCCCGCGGCGCAGUGGCUCGAGGACCCCUACGGCGCGCACGUGCAGCUGCCGUACGUGCGCGAGUGGUACAAGCAGAGGAGGGCCGAGGGCGAUUGGACGCUGGAGUAG